UUACAAUUCUCUAUUAUUUAUUAACAUUGCUCUCCUUCUUCCCCUACCCUCCACCCUCUCUAUCUCCAUCUAUAUAUAUAAUAAAAAUAUAUAUAUACCCAUGUAGAAUUAAGCAACUCCACUUUUGGGAUCUUCAAAUAUAAUUUGAAGACCCCAUAAAAUUUCAGUUUGUGUCAAUAAAGGUAUCACCUUUGAUUAUACUGCGCAAGUAAGGUAAAAAUAACUCCUCGAAAAAAAAGAAAAACCUUUAGCGCAACAGUAAAGAUGUCCGGAAAAUUGCUGUGAAGUUGAAUUUUUCAAGGAAUUAAAAAAAGGGGCAAGAUGAGGUUUAUUAUAGGCAUAUAUUUCAUAAUUUUGUGCAUGGCAAUUCGAGUAAACAGCUUUGUGGGCAUAACAUGGGGCAGAAUGCAGUCACAACAAUUAGUUCCAUCAAUGGUUGUUGACUUACUUUUACAAAAUCAAAUUCCAGCGGUGAGAUUAAGAACUUCAGGCUCUGAUAUUAGUGAAAUAUUUUCUGGUACUAAUAUUAGCCUCGCUAUUACCUUGGUAAAUAAUUACAUGUGGCAGGCAAAUAGGACAGACCUCGCGUAUACUUGGGUAAAUGACCGAGUCAAGAAUCCAAUCAACAAAGGUGUAAAUAUAGUAUAUUUAACCGUUGGGACUGAACCAUUUUCGAAUACGUUUAUGAAAGAAGCAAGGACCGAUCAAGUUGUGAACGUAAUAAAAUUAAUACGGCAAGCUCUUGACGAUAUGGGAUUAGGGUAUGUCAAAACUACAACUUCCCAUGGCAUGGAUGUUUUAAAGCUUACAAAAAUUCCAUCAGAAGCCGAUUUUCGCGAUGAUAUAAAACAACAAAUGCUUGAAUCGUUAGAGUUCUAUAAUCAAACUGGAGCACCCUUUGAUUUGAUCAUGUUUCCAAUCCAUUACAUUAAAGAAGUAUUGAAUUACACUAUGGAAUUCGCGUACUUUGAUAAUAAGAGCGGGUUCAAGAUUCAAGAUGGUAAGUUUACGUACACAAAUGUUGUAGAGCUAAUGAUUGAUUCCGUUGCAUGGGCAAUAAGAAAAGCAGGUUACCCUAAUAUGAAAAUUAUGAUAGGUCAAAUUGGUUGGCCAACAGACGGAUAUCCACAUGCAAAUAUUGAAAAUGCAGAGAGAUUUCAUAAGGGUUUCUUGAAAUUUAUAGCUUCAAAUAAAGGAACACCUCUUAAGCCAGGUCCUAUAGAUGUAUUUCUCCAUAGUUUAUCAGAUGAGAAUCAAUUUCGUGCUAUAUUUGGUGCAUUUCAAAGACACUGGGGAAUUUACGAAGCAGAUGGAAAUCCAAAAUACAAGAUUGAUUUUUCAUUACAAGAUCGUGAUACUUAUCCAACUCAGGCUAAGGGGAUUGUGAAAAUGCCAAAUAGGUGGUGUUUGUUUAAUGGAAAUAGAGAAGACAUGGAUUUGGUAAAUAAGAAUUAUAAUUUUGCAUGCAAUAUAGCAGAUUGUACGUCCCUGGAAAAAGGAGGAUCGUGUGAUGGACUAAGUGAUGAUUCUAAAGUUUCUUAUGCUUUUAAUGUAUUCUUCCAAAAGCAUAAGCAGCAAGUAGAAUUGUGUGAUUUUGAUGGUUUAGGUGAAAUUAGAGCAGAAAAUCCAUCAACGGGUAACUGCGAGUUUCCUGUAGAGAUAUUGACAUUCCAAGAUCAAGCAGUUAAAGAUGGUAUGAUUUUAAGAAUUUGAUAAAUACGAAAUACUUUGUGCACUGAGGUGUCCUACCACGAAAGAUCUAAUAUGAUGGAAUUGAUUAUGACAUAAUUUAAAUAGAAAUGGAAUCAAAGUUUUCGUCUACCACAAAUAGCAAAGGCAUUGUAUGUCAUGUAACGAGUGUGAAAAACAUGGUUGUUGAUCAAAAAAUAUAUUUCAAUUAA